GAUUCGUUCAUCACGAUUCACGAUAUCAUCUUAGCGGACCCUCUCUGGGGUUAAUCUCCUGCCAAGGUCAUUCCGAGUGAAAUUCGGGAGCGUGAGCCAGGAGUGGGACCAGGGUGACUGAGAGUGGUGAUGGCCGACACCGUCCAGGAGAGUGAGGCGAAAGUCACCUGGCUGGCCCCGUUUCUUGUUGAUAUCUUUGCAGCGUCGGGAGGGAAGGGAUGUACUACGCAAAGCCUCUUGGACGAGUAUUGUUGCAUGACGUUGUUUUCGCCGUGAUGUGAAAAUAACGCAUUGUGAAGUAGCGAGGGAUAGUGCAGUGCUUCUAGAAUCUCUACUUUUAGCUCCUCCGGAACCUGUACUUAGCACGCUCUACUGCACUGCGCUGCGAUGCUUACCUAUCUCUACAACUGCGGCCGUCCCCUCCAGCUUCCUACAGAAGGAGUACUGUACCUACGAAUGCCUAUGAACUACCUGCACCUGCAGUAGUAGACCCAACCCAACCUAACGCUGAGGCGAAUCAACAUCCGGACCCUUCACCUUCCUACUCCAUCUACACAACGUCAGAAAUCCACCUACACCACCUACCUACAAUCAAUCCCACUACCACCACCCAUCACCCCCUCCACACUCAUCCUAAUCUAAUAAAUUUACCAAUGUCACUCGCUCUACCUCGUAACCAAUUUCGUUGAAUGGAUCCCGAGUUGAUUGCGCCCAAGAAAAAGCCUUGACCAUUCCUACUUACUUACAUACCUGUAACUUUGCGCCUGAGAUACCACGAUAGCUCCCGCGUCCACAUCCACGUCCAGCUGGGCCCAGAUCAUUGCGACAAUUUCAAGACGAACCUCGCCAUUACCACCACCACCACGUUCAAGCAACAUUCGUAAACGGAUGGGAAUGUUUAUUUGAUCCGACACAUAUCGUGUAUUCUUGUUGGAGAGGUUCUGCGGCCUGUAUGCGCUGAGCCUUGCAGGCGUCGAGAGUUCAGCCCUACGUGAAGGCCUCAAGACCCCAAAAUGUCUACUGUAUGCUUUCUGGCCUCAAUUGAUGCGCACCUACUAAUCCGGGUGUUGAACUAGCCUCAGGGAUCCAUCAUACCCAAAUAUGGACCGCGAACGAUGCAAGCGCGCGAGAUGAUCGCUCAGCCGGUCUUUGCAGCCUUCUGCGCCGGAGGAGUGGCAGGUGCAGUCUCGCGGACAGUGGUCUCCCCUCUCGAGCGUUUAAAAAUCCUUUUUCAGAUACAGAGUGUGGGAAGGGAGGAAUACAAGCUUUCCGUUGGAAAGGGUCUCAUGAAAAUGUGGAAAGACGAGGGAUGGCGAGGAUUCAUGCGAGGAAAUGGCACGAAUUGCAUACGAAUAGUGCCAUACUCAGCAGUUCAGUUUGGAAGUUACAACUUCUACAAGAAAGUGAGCAUCUAGAGGCUGCAUACCCCUGCUGGCAAAAAAAAGCCCCAUUGUGACGUAAGCUAAUGUUGAAAAGUUCUUCGAAGCUUCGCCCGGACAAGAUCUCUCUUCUCUCCGACGAUUGAUUUGCGGUGGUGCUGCCGGGAUCACCUCAGUCUUCUUUACAUAUCCCCUUGAUAUCAUUCGGACAAGACUUUCUAUUCAGUCUGCUUCAUUUGCAGCCCUUAGCACAGCACAAAGAGCUCGAUUGCCAGGGAUGUGGGAGACCCUAGUUACAAUGUACAAAACAGAAGGCGGAAUUCUAGCAUUAUAUCGAGGCAUAAUACCUACAGUUGCUGGUGUUGCCCCAUAUGUAAGCCUCUUCACAAUGUCCCCUUCAAACUGGGUCAAAGCUAAUUAUUGCCAAAUAGGUUGGCCUCAACUUUAUGACAUACGAAAUUGUCCGAAAAUACCUCACUCCAGAAGGUGAUAAAAAUCCUAGUGCUGUACGCAAGCUUGCCGCUGGUGCGAUCUCGGGUGCAGUUGCCCAAACAUGCACCUACCCCUUGUAAGACUUCAUUUUUUUCAGAACCAUCAGGAAGCAAACUAACAAUAAGUAGUGAUGUCCUUCGCCGACGUUUCCAAAUUAAUACCAUGUCAGGAAUGGGUUAUCAAUACAAGGGCAUCUUUGAUGCUGUACGAUCAAUUAUAGCUCAAGAAGGUAUCAAGGGCAUGUACAAAGGCAUAGUUCCUAAUCUUCUCAAGGUGGCUCCAAGCAUGGCAAGCAGCUGGCUAAGCUUUGAGAUGACACGGGACUUCUUACUUACUCUUAGGGCGGAUACCCAAGAUCUGUAAGAUUUGCUUCAAAAUUCAGGGUAUUGCCUCCCAAAUUUGGUGUAAGGGAAUAUGAAGGUGCCCAAGCAAAAAGGCUUUGUAUAUGAAGACGGAAAUUCGUCAUUGGGUUGCAUUUGGGUAAGCAUUGGGAGCGGGCGCAUUUUGAUGUCUUGUAGAAAGAAAGGCCUAGAUUAUUUCUUGUUUCCUUGGUGGUUUGGUUGCCUGGUUGGUUCUCAAAAAAAGGGGUAUGGUAGAGAGACAGACUACUGGUUCAGAUGUGUGGGUUGUAUCAAUAAAGGGUUAUCAAACCUGCUUCCAGAUGAUGUUAUCAUAUUUUUGCAAGCUGUUAAAGCGUAACUCCCUAGUUUAUCAUUUGCAUCUAGAAUCAAAUACAGUAUGCAUCAUAAUAAAUCAAAUUCCACGUGAAUCGGAACCAUACUAAAUAUUUCUCUGCAGCAGCAGAAGUCAGUAGGACCUGCUGCGAGCCUUCAACGGAUGCAGGGGUUCUGGUCACAUGAUGUGGCUGGGAAUCCAAAUCGGUUUAGCGCCGCAUCGGAUGUUAACUUCAACCACUCUUGCAUCACAGCCAUCGCAAACGCUCAAGCUCACGCUCUCGCUGCCCACGACAGCCUCCACCUCCAACCGACAUCCCUUUUCUUAUCUCUAUCGCGAAACAGGAGUCAAGAUUCAGAGAACCACAUCUCAUUUGUUACAGUCAGAACGAACAAGAUGUCGUCUCGUGGGGGAACUACUCUUUAUGUUACUGUAAGUUGCCCCGAAUUGGUUUGCGCCCAUUGCGAGACCCUCUGACGCCCUUCCUUCAACCACAUUGAUCAACACCAAUACCCAUCAUCUCUGGAUCCUGCUAAUAUCAUCUCUCGUAGGGGUUCGGACCGGGCACUCGAGCACGCGAUCUAGCCUACGAAUUCGAACGGUAUGUCCACCAAUCGUCGUCGUCCUCGAUUUGUCGAUGAUCAUCUAUUCCAAUGAUCUCCCACAUCCCCAACCCUCGCGGCUCCUCGUCGAGACUUCGCUGUCACUCCCCUCUUAUACGUCUCGUCUUCUACCUGCGCUUCAUACCUCCUCCAUUCUCCUGCGAUCGCGAUCGAGCGGUCGCGCAAAAACGGCGUUGUUUCAAAUUCCAUUUCCCCACCAAAAGUUCGAAUACAAAUUGAUGGGGCUUCUUAAUCUAUCUUCAUCUUACAGCCCUCUAUACCCUCGCAAUAGAAGGCGUUGAGUCUGACAUUAUUUUUUAGCUAUGGUCGUCUUGUUCGAUGUGACAUUCCAGCGCCUCGAACCGCUGCCAGCCGUCUGUGAGUAAUUCCAAUUCUUUGUUAGCGUGCGCUCUAAUUUCGUUGACACUUGAAGUAGAUUCGCAUUCGUUGAGUAUGAGAGCCGCCGCGAUGCUGACGAUGCGUAUCACGAGAUGCACAACAAGCGUAUUGGACAUGAUGAUUUGUUGAAGAUUGAGGUAAGCCCAUUGUUUUGCUGUGUUACACUAGACGCUAAAGUUUUCAAGUGGGCUCGUACACCUCCAUCUGCUUCAUGGCGAUUUGACUCUGGUCGUGAGCGUGAGCGUGCACCAGCUGGUCGUCGUUCUCCACGUCGCCGCUCACCUUCUCCUCGUCGUAGCCGUGGUGACUACUCUCCUCGCAAGGACUCUCGGCGUGAUCGGGACCGCGAUUAUGAUCGACGUGAUCGUGGGGGUGAUCGUGAUCGUUCUCGUAGCCCAGACGAUCGGUAAGUUUUAUCUGAUUCAUUCAUCAAAGUUCAAUGGUAUGCUAACACUUCUACAGCGACCGUGACGUCAAGGAGGAGAGAGACCGAGACCGUGAUGACAGCCGGGAGAAUGGAACCAAUGGAGAUGAUAGGAAAGGUGAUUUGGAAACUCCGAACGGACAAUGAAGCAUCCCCACCCGCUAAUACGAAAAGCUCCAGUUGCCUUGGAAUCCCCUCUUCAGCACGACGAGCUUGACACGGCUGAGUAA